AUGGCGGAUCUAGUGGGGCAAAUCGGACCAUAUGAUGAAACUGUCGAGCAGUGGAGCUCGUAUACGGAGCGGUUCGAUUAUUUUGUCAAAGCUAAUGGGAUAAAAGAUGAGAUUCUAUUACCAACUUUUCUCAGUGUAAUGGGCAGUAAGACAUAUAAUCUACUGCGUAGCCUGGUCCAGCCAAAUAAGCCUGGUGAUAGCUCAUUCAAGGACAUUGUAACAAUGCUCCAGGAACAUUAUGCACCAAAACCCCUCAUCAUCGCUGAAAGAUUCCGCUUUCAUAAACGCAAUCAACUAGAAGGAGAAUCGAUCGCACAAUUUGUUGCUGUACUGAAGCGUCUGUCGGACCACUGUGAGUUCGGCACAACACUGAGUGACACCAUAAGAGACAGAUUUGUGUGCAGGUUGCGUAGUGAGACCAUCCAAAAGCGACUCUUAUGUGAAAGUAAUCUAAUGCUAGAGCGAGCGAUGGAAAUCGGUGUAUCCAUGGAAAUGGCUGCAAAAGAAGCACAAGAGUUAAGCACAUCCUGUCAAGUCCACAAUGUGUACAGUGAAAGAAUGAAACAGGAUGGUAAACAGCAAGAGGAUGAAUCUGAUGAAACUGAAUACUCGCAUGUAAUGUCUGUGUCUUCAAAUUCUGAUGGCUACUGGGUGACACCACUACUAGAUGGAAAAGCUGUUCCAAUGCAAGUGGACACAGGAGCUGCUGUAUCGCUCAUGGCAGAGUCAACUUACCGAGAGAAGUGGCCAUACCUCGGUCUCAAGGAAGCGAAGUUGAUCUUGAAAACAUACACAGGUGAGCUUGUACCCCUUUUGGGAGCCGUGGAUGUGACUGUAGAGCUAAACAAACAGAAGGUAAACUUACCACUGUAUAUUGUGAAAGGCAGUAGUCACACAGCUAUGAUCGGUCGAUCUUGGCUAGAGAAAAUAAAGCUAAAUUGGCAGGAAGUACAUUUAGUGGCGAAAGAGUCUAACAGCCUACAACACAUUCUGAGGAUGCAUGCAGAGGUGUUUGGAGAUGAAUUGGGAAACAUGAAAGACAUCAUUGUAAAGCUGACCAUUAAGUCUGAUAGUAAACCUAAGUGCUUACAAGGUCGUCCAGUUCCUUAUGGCAUUAAACCUAAGGUAGAAACGGAACUAGACCGGCUGGAGGAAACCGGCGUACUGAAGAAAGUGAGUGUUAGCGAGUGGGCCAUGCCAAUUGUUCCUGUACUGAAAAAGGAUGGAUCAGUCAGAAUUUGUGGCGAUUUCAAGGUUACUGUCAACCCGGUGUUAACUGUUGAACAAUACCCCUUGCCGCUAAUUGAAGAUCUGUUUGCUGGAUUAGCAGGCGGACAGAAAUUCAGCAAGAUAGACUUAUGUCAAGCUUACCUCCAAAUGCAGGUAGAUCCUGUUUCCCAAGAGCUGCUGACCAUCGUGACACACAAGGGCCUGUACAGAUAUCAGAGGCUUCCUUUUGGCAUAACUUCGGCUCCAGCGUUGUUCCAGCGGGCCAUGGACCAGAUUCUGAGUGGAUUGAAUGGAGUACAGUGUUAUCUCGAUGAUCUGUUAAUUACAGGAAAAGAUGACGAAGACCAUCUCGGGAACCUGAAUGCAACACUGCAAAGGCUAAAAGAGUAUGGCCUUCGGGUGAAGAAAGACAAAUGUGACUUCUUCCAGCCCACCAUCGAGUACCUAGAACACGUGAUCGACAGCGCUGGUCUUCACAAAGCACCAUCAAAGGUAAAAGCUAUCGUGGAUGCGCCAUCGCCAAAGAACGUAAGCCAGCUGCGAUCAUUCCUAGGAUUGCUAACAUACUAUGCAAAGCUCACCACAUUGCAAUGCAGAUGA